GCCCUCAUGAGUUCGACCAUCUCCUACUUUCAUGGACUGUAGAAGCAUACGUCAAUCUCCAACAAGGACGGACAUGAAUCGUCCGGGACAUCGGCCAGAUCCCGUUGGUGAGCGGAAAAGCGUCGGUUCUCAUUGGUCGGGCAACAAAAUCACCGGCAAGUCCAAGGCUUUGCCGGUUCAUCGGCCUGCUAUCUCAGAUUCUGCUCCAAUUCUUCUCGGCAUGACCGCCCUUCGGCUCUCCAUGAUGUCUUUUGACUCAUCAUCCUGUAUCUACUGCCUUUCCUGCAUACAUCUCUUUGUUACCACUCUUAUAAAGCGUUCUGCUUCCAUAUCACAGCAUUGAAGAUUCUGUUGUCCACUAUCCGAUGUUCUCUCCCCGCACAGCACCUCACAGAUAAAGGACUCGAUCAUGCCGGACAACAAGCACACAACCACGACAGAAACACGGGCAGAAGAGCCUGUCGUUCAACCAGCAGUUGAGCCCGUACCAGAACCCUACGAAGAUGCCCAAGGUGUCGAUUUAGAAAAAGGCAAUGAGAAGUCCACCGACCUAGAUUUGGUGCAUAUCCAGAGCCAUGCAUCGGCACACGACAUCCCCCAUAUACCCUACCACGAAACUGGUGAUGAAGUAUACGACAAAUUCACGCAUUCUAAGAAAAUAAUGAUCGUAUCUGUUUUGGCCUUCUGUUCCUUCUUGGCUCCCAUGGCAUCGACAACUGUACUCGCUGCCGUACCUGAAGUGGCGGCAACCUACAACACUACUGGUACUCUUAUCAACGCUAGUAACGCAUUAUACAUGUUGUUUAUGGGACUGUCGCCAAUGUUUUGGGGACCCAUUGGUCAGGUUUACGGAAGACGAUGGACUCAAUUGCUCAGCGCUAUUCUGUUCGCUGGAUUUUCCAUUGGUACUGCACUGGCUCCCAACCUGGCGUCAUUCUUCAUCUUCCGCAUCUUGACGGCAUUCCAAGGCACUUCCUUCCUCAUCAUCGGUAGUUCUUGUAUUGGCGACAUCUAUCGACCAACAGAGCGUGCAACUGCAUUGAGCUGGUUCUUCUCAGGAACCCUCAUUGGACCUGCUAUGGGCCCAUUGUUAGGUGGUAUCAUUGUUACGUACAGAUCCUGGAGAGAUAUCUUCUGGCUUCAGACUGGCCUGGCCAUCUUUGCAACCGUGUUGUGCUGCUUCUUCCUCCCCGAGACGAUCCACUACAAGAAAUCUGUCGAGCUCGAAGGCCUCACAAAGGGUGAACAGGCCAAGAAACUAUGGUCUUGGACCAACCCUCUGCGUGUCAUCAGAUUAUACCGGUUCCCGAACCUGUUCUUCGUUGGCCUUGCUUCGAGCUCACUGGUCUUCAACAUGUACAGCUUGCUUACUCCUAUCCGAUAUGUCAUCAACCCUCGCUUCCACCUUACUUCGCCCAUUCAGUCUGGACUCUUCUAUAUCGCUCCUGGAUGUGGAUACCUGCUUGGUACAUUCUUCGGAGGCCGUUGGGCAGACCGUACUGUACGCAAAUGGAUUGACAAGCGUAAUGGCGAGCGUGUUCCUGAAGACCGUUUACGAUCAUGUCUCGUCUUCAUGGGUGUCAUCAUUCCCGGAUGCAUGUUGAUCUACGGAUGGUCAAUCGAGAAAGACAAGGGCGGCAUUCCUCUACCAGUCAUCGUUAUGUUUAUCCAGGGUGUGGCACAACUCUUCUGCUUCCCAUCUCUCAAUACAUACUGCUUGGAUGUGAUGCAGAAGCGCUCGUCAGAGGUUGUUGCUGGCAACUACAUGCUCAGAUAUCUCUUUGCUGCUACUGGAACUGCAGCUUGUUUGCCUGCUGUCGAAAAGAUUGGAGUUGGCUGGUUCAGCACCAUCAGCGCAGCAUUCUUGUGUUUCUCAGCAGUUUUGACAUGGACUGUUACCGUCUGGGGUCGUGGUUGGAGAGAAGACAUUCUGCAGAAGAAAGAGGAGAAGAAGGCCCAGAAGCAAGAAAAGACAGGUAGGGCAUGAUCGCAAUCUAUUUAUUUAGAAAAGAUAUGAAAGAUAACGAGACUAUGAUAGAUGGACUAGAUAAUAUAGCAACAUAACACAGAUAUAGACCACAUCUCGGUCAAGAGCUUCAUAGUCAACUGUGUACUGGCAAAAGAGC